GUGGGGGAUGUAGUAAAACAAUAAAAGCAGUGUGUUACAAAACCAAAACACCAGCGUGCUCAAGUGACUGGUUGUAUAAAACGAAAUACGACGCCUGCUAACUCACAACUGCACUGCUAAAAGGUUAGCUCCGUCGUCUGCCGUUUAUUAGCUUUAAAACAUCUCUGCAAGACUAAAACUUGUAGUUUUAUUCAUUGCAUGUUGCACUGCAUGUGGAGGAGCUCGUCUGUUUCCUCUGCACCGAGGCUAUACCUGAGGCUUGUUGCCCACAGUAACCAGCAGAGACCCACCUCACUAUUAUUCUCCCCCCUGAUCCAGUCAUCAUUCACCAGUCAAACCAUCAUGGCAGAGAAGAAACGCAAGUCAACAUCUGCUGCUGCUAAAAAGCCCAGUGCCAAGCAGCAGAAGUUGGCUCCCAUGAAGGAAGAGAAGAAGAAGGAUGCUGAAGGCUGGCUGCUGGAGCUGCUGAAGCAGCAGAGGACAGAGAAGAAGGAGGUGAGAUUCGACAAGAAGCGCCUCCGCUUUAUAUCUGCCACUGAGAAGAUAAAGCAGGGCUCAGAGGGAGUCCUGUACUGGAUGACGAGAGACCACAGAGUACAAGAUAACUGGGCUCUGGUCCAUGCCCAGCGGCUUGCCAUGGAGCAGAACCUUCCUCUGCACAUCUGUUUCUGUCUGCUUGUCCCCAAAUCAGAACUGUCCACUCUGCGACAUUACAGCUUUAUGCUGAAAGGCUUGAAAGAAGUUGCAAAGGAAUGCAAAACCUUAAACAUCCAGUUCCAUUUGCUGCACGGCUCACCGGGGGACAUUCUCCCCGGCUUCGUGUCCGACCGCGGCCUGGGAGCAGUAUUGACAGACUUCUACCCGCUCAGAGAGCCGAUGCAGUGGCUGGAGGAUGUUAAAAAGGCGCUUCCAAAGGAUAUUCCUCUCAUACAGGUUGAUGCCCACAAUGUUGUUCCCUGCUGGGUAGCGUCGCCUAAACAGGAGUACUCUGCCAGGACGAUCAGAGGAAAAAUCACAAAGCUUUUGCCAGAUUUCCUCACUGACUUUCCUCCGGUAGAGAAACACCCCCACACAGCUACGAGAACCGCCAAACCAGUAGACUGGAGUGAAACCCUGGCCUCGCUGCAGGUCGACCGAUCAGUAGGAGAGACGGAGUGGGCCAAGCCAGGCACUAAGGCAGGGAUGGCCAUGUUGGAGUCCUUCAUCGACAUGCGCCUUAAACUGUUUGACACCAAACGCAACGACCCGAACGUCGCCGCCCUCAGUCAGCUGUCCCCCUGGAUCCGCUUUGGCCACCUGUCAGCUCAGCGUGUGGCGCUGCAGGUUCAGUGCAGUGGGAGAUCUAAAGGUGUGACUGUCGCCUCCUUCAUCGAGGAGCUGAUCGUGCGCCGGGAGCUGACCGACAACUUCUGCUUCUACAACAAGAAAUACGACAGCGUGCAGGGUGCAUACGAGUGGGCUCAGAAGACCUUGAAAGAUCACGCUGAAGACAAGAGGCCGUAUCUGUACACGCGUGAGCAGCUGGAGAAAGCAAAGACUCAUGACAACCUGUGGAACGGUGCUCAGUACCAGAUGGUCAGUGAGGGGAAGAUGCAUGGUUUCUUGAGGAUGUACUGGGCCAAAAAGAUCCUGGAGUGGACUUCUUCACCAGAGGAGGCGCUCUCAAUCGCUCUAUACCUGAACGAUCGCUACGAGUUGGACGGCCAGGACCCCAACGGGUUCGUCGGUUGCAUGUGGUCUAUUUGUGGCAUCCAUGACCAGGGCUGGGCAGAGAGAGACGUUUUCGGAAAGAUCCGCUACAUGAACUACAACGGCUGCCUGAGGAAGUUUAACGUGUACCAGUUUGAGAUAAAGUACUGUCCCAAAAAGGCCUGACAGCCUAAAGCUCCUACACUUUUACCUUAGGGAGCAUUUGUUCAGCCUUUCUUUCAGAGGAUGUUUUGCUGUUUACUUCUUGUAUUCUCCAAAACAUUCAGUAUAUUUUUAUGAGAGCUGUUUGUUUUACUGAAUAUUCCAACAUUUUGUUUAUGCUCAUCAAGGCUGGUAGUUUUCUGUACAGUGUUCUGUUGCUUAAUUUAACAUUAUGAUCUGUGCUGCCUACUUAGUAAGCAUAAAGAGCUAUUUACUUUGUUUUAUGAUACUUUUAUAUCACCGUUUUUUUUUUUUUUACUUUUGACAUAUUGUAUUUCAUACAAAACAUUGUUUGUUGUUAGAGUUUCAACAACUUUAUUCACACAUAUGCUGUUCUUUUGGAGGAGCUCUGAGGAUUUGACGCCUCUUUCUAAAAAGACUCUUUUUUUUUUUACCAUGCCAUUUUCUAUUUCCUCAUAUCAUGGUUUCUUUAUUCAGUUGUUCUCCAGCUGAAUUUAUCUGUAAGACCUGAAAUACAGGAGAUGUUGCCUUUCAUA